CAAUUAAAAAAGGGGCGAGCCAACUUGUCGUAUCAUUCGUACAGUGUCCAUUUCCAAGUGUGUGACCCUAUCUAUAUAAAUCAUAUCCUUCAUGCAAAGUCACCUGAACAUUUCAUAAGUAGAUAUACAAGCCUACCAAACAUAACAAAUAUAUCAAAUACAUCUGAAGUUUAUACUGCAAAGCGCUUCAUCAUGAUCAUGAAGGUAUCUAUGGCUAUGUGCAAACAACCAUUGCCUCUUUCGCCGGCGUUAGACUUCCCUCCUGCGAGAUUUGGUCCCAAUAUGCUAUCUCUAAACCCAUUUGGUCCAAAGGACAAAGUUGUGGUCAUCAUGGGUGCUACCGGAACAGGCAAGUCACGACUCUCCGUCGAUAUAGCCACACGUUUUCGGGCUGAGAUAAUAAAUUCCGACAAGAUCCAAGUCCACCAAGGUCUAGACAUUGUCACCAACAAGAUCACGAGCGAGGAAAGCUGCGGGGUACCGCAUCAUCUCCUCGGCGUCUUGCCGCCUGAAGCCGACUUAACCGCCCCGAAUUACUGUCACAUGGCGAAUCUCUCCAUUGAAUCCGUCCUAAACCGGGGAAAGCUUCCAAUCAUCGUUGGAGGUUCCAACUCUUACGUGGAGGCUCUAGUGGAUGACGAAGACAACAAAUUCAGGUCGAGAUACGACUGUUGUUUUCUAUGGGUCGACGUGGCACUUCCCGUUUUGCAUGGGUUCGUGUCUGAGAGAGUUGACAAGAUGGUGGAAAAUGGAAUGGUUGAGGAAGUUAGAGAUUUUUUUGACUUUUCGGAUUCUGAUUACUCAAGAGGGAUCAAGAAAGCAAUCGGAGUUCCAGAGUUUGACAGGUUUUUCAGGAACGAGCAGUUCUUGAAUGUGGAAGACAGAGAAGAACUGUUAAUUAAAGUGGUCGAAGACAUAAAGAGGAACACAUUUGAGUUAGCUUGUAGGCAGAGAGAAAAGAUCGAACGGUUGAGAAAAGUGAAGAAGUGGUCCAUUCAGAGAGUGGAUGCGACUCCGGUCUUUACAAAGCGCAGGUCCAAGACGGAUGCUGACGUGGCCUGGGAGAGGCUCGUGGCUGGACCAAGCACCGAUAUUGUGUCGCGGUUUCUGCUGGACAUUGCCAGCCGUCGGCCGCUCGUGGAAGCUUCAACCGCCGUUGCGGCGGCCAUGGAACGCGAGUUGUCGCGCUGUCUAGUGGCGUGAUCAGUUGUAACCACGCAAUUCGGAAAUUUACGCCAAUGGUUAUUGGUGGUGGUGACGUGGCUAUGAUCAGAAAAUGUACGAGACUUCGAUGAGUGGUGGAAAAAAUAUAAAAAAUUAAGCCUACAAAAAUAAAAUAUAUUAUAUAUGCAUAUCGUAUAUUGUCAGAUACUGAAAAUUUUGGCAUAACGGUUAUUCAGUAUUAUCAUCUACUUUUUUGGAUGUAAGUGAGACUGUGAGUGGAAUGCUAUAUUUGGAAAGUAAAGACUACCGCCUUGUAACUAUUUGAUUUUAAUAAUAUAACGACGACUAAGCUGAGUGGGGCUUAAAGUUGGUACGAUUUAUAUA